AUGAAUUCAGGUGUUCGUCUACGCCCCGCGCGGGCCCAAGAUCUGCCUGAGAUCGCCAAUAUCAUCGCACAGGCCAUGCUGGAGGAUGAACUCUUUACCUGGAUGUGUCCUGGGCGCCAUGAGUACUAUGCAGAUUUCCGCUAUGGAUUUCUCCGGCGACUGAAGACACGUUUCGUCACCCCGGGUUAUGUGAUGAUUGUGGCGGUAGAACACUCCGGAGACCGUGAGGAGAUCCGAGGCUACAGUGGGUGGGUGAGAUACGGGACCGGGGCAGAUGCCGUACAAUGGAAGCGCGCGAAUAAUGGCUGGUGGCAUGGUGCCCUGGAGCGCACACUGCUGGACCUAGAGGACCGAUAUUUCUCCCUGGUAUUCCCGGACCGCAGUAAGGAUUUAGAUCGAUUACAGCAGUUCAGGACGGCCGCAGAUGACACCUUCCCCUUCGCUGACUUCCCCGAGUUAUGGUACCUGGGGCAAUUGGCUAUCGACCCACCGCAUCAGCGCCGCGGCAUUGGUAAACAACUGGUCGAAUGGGGGCUGCAGCAGGCAAAACGAGAGCAUGUGUGUGUCGGGUUGGAGGCCGGUAUCAAGGGUGCGGGGUUGUAUAAGAAGCUCGGCUUUGAUAUAGUCAAUAUGACUAACUUAACUCCGGGUGUGGAUGUUCGGGCAAUGAUGUACACUAUAUAG